UCGCGAUUCGCAGCAACCAUGUCCUCAGCGACUCUACCGCGGCGAUAUAUCCCGCACAGCAACACCCCGCCGACCGACAUCAAGCCCGUCAAGCAUCGCAUUCACGAAGCCUUGGCCGAAAACGUCCUCCGCGUACACAGACACCCCUCCACCAGCCCGAAGGUAUACCAUGGCUCCGCAGGCGAGAUCAUCAUGGACAUGCGCACCUUUGGCAUCCUCCCCUCCAAAAACUUCCCCAACACGGCCACCUCGUCCCUCAUCGCAGAUCCCUUCCACGAGCCCCGCGACGGCUCGCAUGUCGCCUACCUCGAGACCUCCGUCGGCCCCGCCACCCUCGUCCUCGUCCGCCAGCUGCGCCUCCGCCAGUCCCCGGAAUCGACCGCGAACAAGCACGCGCGGCGCGGAAAGCUCGACGGAGAACUGCUGGACGAAGUGGAGCUCUCGGAGACAUGGCGCGGUGCGAUCGAUCUCCUGCACAGCGCGCAGGAGGUCGCGGUCUCAGAAGCGCUGGACGAUGACGGCUGCGAGGUCCUGUACGGGCGCGCGGGGCUGCUUUAUGCACUCCUGGUUCUGAAGAGCGAGCUGGCGGUGACGCUGAGCUACUUGGAGCAGACGAGAAAGACGAAGGAUAAGAUCGUGCGCGACGUGGAGAAGCUCUGCUCACACGAGAAUCUGAAGGAGCUGGUGGAUGAUAUCAUCAAGCGUGGCGAAUUCGGGGCGCAGCGGUAUGCGGAGGAAUUGGAAGAGAGCGAGAAGGCGAAUGCUCCGCCGCUCAUUUGGAAGUGGCAUGAGGCGCGAUAUCUCGGUGCAGCGCACGGCGUCGUUGGUAUCCUGCACCCCAUCCUCUACGCGCCCUCGGAUAUUAUCAAGCCCCAUUGGGAUAAAAUCCUUGCAACGGUCCAAUGGCUCCUCGCUGUUCAAGACCCCCUAGGCAACUGGCCCACGAAGGCCGGCCGCCACAUGCCGGUCAUCCCCGGCGGUUCUGCGACACAUGCAGAAUCCAAGCACGUCGCCAUCGACGAAGAGCACGACGACUCGCUCGUCCAAUGGUGUCACGGCGCGUCCGGCUUCCUCAUGUUCUUCUCCGUCCUCCUCCGCCGUGCGUCCCUCUCUCCCUCCGCUUGUCCUCUUCCCCCCUCCCUCCGCGAAUCAAUCGUGGCAGCCGUAACCCGCGCCGGCGAGCUCGUCUACACGCGCGGCCUGCUCCGCAAAGGCGUUGGGCUCUGCCACGGCGUCGGCGGGAGCGUCUACGCGCUCCUCGCCGUCUCCGACGCGCUCGACUCCUUCUCCAGUCCCAACGCCCCCUCCUCCAGACACGCCAACGGCGCCUCCCCGCACUCGCACGGCUUCUCGGGCCUCGCGCGGUCCAUGACGCGCUCCCCGCCGCUCCCCGCGGACCUCGACGAGCAGCACGCGCACUGGUUCCGGAGCGCGCUGCACCUCGCGGACCUCGCGACGGGCUGGCGCGUGCUCAUGCAGGAGGGCAAGAUGGAGAUCCCUGAGCACGCGUACAGCCUGUACGGGGGCGUCGCGGGCAUGGUGUGCGCAUGGGCGGAGGUGUAUACGCGCCUGACGGGCCAUGCGAAGGAGGGAAUCGCGCAUGGGAACGGGCAUGUGCCCGGGGAUGCGGGUGCUGGGGCGGGGGCGGGGGAGGCGCAUUCGCAUGUGCAUGCGCCGCAGAGGAGGGGCGGGAUGCCGGGGUUUGACGAUCUGGCGAUGUUUGAGUAGUGCGGGGGCGGGUGGGGAGCCGUUUGGUGGGAUCUAUCUGGAAUGGCUUGAUUCUUGCAUGUGUUAUGUUGUGCUGGUAUGUUGCUCGCAGGUUUGCUUCACAAUGUCGCAUUAUGCUUCACAUCACAGUGUACAUUACGCUGUAGUUUAUUCAUUACGUUUUCGAUGCACC